AUGAUUACUCCGAAGCCUCUCCAUCGCGGCCAGAUAUUCCUUGGCAUUGGCCUUCGGACCCAUCUAAACUAUAAUUCCACCCUCUGCUGCUGGGAUAGCCGAAAGGCCCCAAAAGUCGAGUCGAAAGGCCCGAAUAAAAAAUCGGCGGGAGAAUCAGCUCGAAGUGGCAGCGAUCCGGAUCCGUUAUAUUUGAGGUUUCCAGCGGCCACUACUCUUGCCGGCUCUCCCCCUCUAAGAUCUAGUUUCAUCCGUGCUAAGCGUGUGUACAUCUCGAUUGUUUUGGCCUUAGGACCUUCUAAAUACAUAGCCUCGUAUCAAAAGUACGGGACGUGGCAUGAAACGACCUUGGCAGCCCAGCGAUUUCUCGAGCCUGGACGUCGACCGAUUACCGAGUCCGCACUUGAUAUUUGUUAUCAACACAUAAAUUUGAGCUCCGACUUAAGAGAAAGACAGGAUAUGGGUAUCGUCAUAAAAUGGCGGGGGGUGGCUAAGAUGAAGCCUAGUCACCAAAAUCAGGACAGAUCAGCGGUACACCUUGCUAACACUGGGCGUCGUAUGGAAUGGGCGCUGCAGAUUCCUAGUUCCUAG